GACAUUAAAACGUGGCAGUAACAUUAACCCAACGCAAUUACACGCUGAAACCUACUGCCUCCGAGAGAAACUGACAAGCCCCGGGAAAGGCAACAGUGCAACCGCGGGAGGUUGCUUCCGAAAGAAGAAGGAAGACUCAGAAUAUCUGAAGGUUUGCAGUCAGAAGGGCUGUGUCAGCAGAUGGGAAUUCUGUCACAAAACUGAGACACAAGAGUAGUCAGUCAAUGUGAGAAGAAUGUGUGUGGCUGCUUGGCUGUGGACAUCCACCCCUUUUGAGACACUUUGAAUGGAACAACCCUGAAUGGAACACACAUCCAGCGAGCUCCCAGCUCUUUUGAAGGAGGAUGUGGACAGAUGGCCUAAUGGAAAGAGAAGACGGAAGAACAGCCAAUCCUCAAUGAAAUCCACCAGCAUGUCAGGGUACAUUCCCAGCUAUCUGGAGAAAGAUGAACCCUGUGUAGUUUGCGGUGAUAAAGCGACAGGAUACCAUUACCGCUGCAUUACAUGUGAAGGCUGUAAGGGUUUCUUCAGGAGAACGAUCCAGAAAAACCUGCACCCUGCCUAUUCCUGUAAAUAUGAUGGCUGCUGUGUGAUUGACAAAAUCACCAGGAACCAAUGCCAGCUCUGUCGAUUCAAGAAAUGCACUGCCGUCGGCAUGGCGAUGGAUUUGGUUCUGGAUGAUGACAAGCGCAUCGCGAAGAGGAAGCUGAUUGAGGAAAACCGGGAGAAGCGACGACGGGAGGAGGUGGUGAAGAGUAUGCAGAACAAGCUGGAGCCUACCACUGAGGAAUGGGAGCUGAUCAGGGCUGCUACGGAAGCGCACAUGACGACCAAUGCACAGGGUAGCCACUGGAAACAGAAGCGGAAAUUUCUGCCAGAAGACAUCGGCCAAUCUCCAAUGACUUCCACGCCAGAAGGAGACAAAGUGGAUCUUGAGGCCUUCAGUCAAUUCACCAGGAUUAUCACCCCAGCCAUUACCAGAGUUGUGGAUUUUGCCAAAAAGCUACCAAUGUUCUCGGAGCUGCCUUGUGAAGACCAGAUCAUCCUGCUGAAAGGCUGCUGCAUGGAGAUAAUGUCUCUGAGGGCUGCUGUCCGUUAUGAUGCGGAGAGCGAGACGCUGACACUAAAUGGAGAAAUGGCCGUCAAGAGAGAGCAACUGAAGAAUGGAGGACUAGGGGUUGUCUCGGAUGCCAUAUUUGAGCUGGGAAAAUCCUUAGCUGCAUUCAGUCUAGAUGACACAGAGGUGGCACUCCUCCAGGCAGUUUUAUUGAUGUCCUCAGAUCGAACAGGACUGACUUGCAUUGACAAAAUAGAGAAGUGCCAAGAGGCCUACCUCCUAGCGUUUGAACACUACAUAAACUAUCGCAAACACAACAUUCCACACUUCUGGCCAAAGCUGCUGAUGAAAGUCACAGACCUACGGAUGAUCGGAGCGUGUCAUGCCAGCCGCUUCCUCCACAUGAAGGUUGAAUGUCCCACAGAACUCUUUCCUCCCUUAUUCCUGGAGGUGUUCGAGGACCAGGAAGUGUAGGCCUGAGCGAAAACUGGCUGAAAAAACAGAACACACACACACACAUCCACACACAAUCACCGGCUAACUGCCAGGCGUCAAGUCCAUUGUGGAUCAUUUUGUCUAUCUAAACUUGGCCGAAUCUCAAAGAACCAUUCCAUUAAUGCGGGUACCAAGUGCAAAUAUUUUGCAAGUCGUAGUAAAGUUUUCCUUGGUCCUUGUGCUCUUGUCUUGCAAAGGAAGGUCAUGCUGCCUAGCUGUGCGUUGCUGCUUUAACAGCUGAUUAUAUAAAACAGCUAACUCCAAAACAAAAUGGCCAACCAUCCCAUCUUCAUUUUUUUUACAUGUUCAACUUGGUGCAACUUUUUUUCAGUGGUUUAUCAUUCUGCAGAAAUGUUGUCCUAUCUUUGACCACUGCAGCUCUCGGAGAGCGGUCAUUCUUUAUGACUGGCAACAAAAUUUGUUUAUUUACAUUCAACAGUUCGAAAGAAAGAGAGAGAGAGAGAAAAGGAGAGAUGGAAUGCCAAGGCCUGAAUUGCCCUACCUCAGUGUCACAAGGGAGGAACUGCAGUGUGGUGAUUCUGGAAUGGAACGGGAUAGAAAGUUGCAGAGGUGUUUCUGUGGGAGGUGUUGGCUAUGCCUCGCAACCGCAAUCGAGUUUGUUAGCCCAUGCACACCCAUCUGCAAUCCGCUGCCAAUCUCAGAGGGAGGAGAAAGCAAAGCCCUCCUUCCUGCUGAAGCAUCUGAGAUCCUCCUGAUUCCAUCAGCGCUGAGGUCUCCUUUUGUCAGGUGACGCCUCCUCGCGGCACAGACCUCAGUUACCGGCGGACAGCGAACCCUGACCGUUGGUGUGUUUUAUUUCUGAUCAAAGGAGCGCGGUCAGAAAGGGCCAUGCAGAAACGCAGGUGGUUUAAAAAAAAAACAAGAAGUGGCACCUGAGAUUACCCAGGCUCACUGUCAACAGGGGAUUUAGUUGCAUGAAGAAAACAUGGGAGGAAAAUUCAGUGAAUUUUUACAAAUGUGUUAAAACUAGCACUUGUGUCUGAGGUAACAAGGCGUGGAGCU